CACAGCAACCGGUCGCUAACUCCGCGAAAUCGAUGCAGUACGUCGAGAGGCGGUCCACCAAUCAAAUGAAGGCGCAGCCAUGAUUACCCGGAUGUACUCCUGAAGCACUUCCUCGUCAAAACAUUUGCAUGGUAGGAAACACUGACUUGCCAUAGUUUUUACUCCGACGGCAAGUCCUGUCCACAGCAGCCAUGCCGGGCCCGGACAAAGAAACAGACCUGACGGAGAGAAUUGAAGCGUUUCUGUCCGACCUGAAGCGUGGGGGGAGCGGGACAGGGCCGCUCCGGGGCUCGGCCGAGACGGCCCGAGAAACGACAGCCCUGCUCCGCAGAAUCACAGCCCAGGCUCGGUGGAGCAGCGCAGGCGAUCUGAUGGAAAUAAUCCGCAAAGAGGGGAGGAGGAUGAGUGCAGCCCAGCCAUCAGAGACCACUGUCGGCAACAUGAUCAGACGAGUGCUGAAGAUCAUCCGAGAGGAAUAUGCCAGAUCUCGAGGUAGCAGUGAAGAGACAGACCAGCAGGAAUCCCUCCACAAGCUGCUGACCUCUGGAGGACUCAGCGAGGAGAACUUCAGACAGCAUUUCGCCGCCCUCAAAGCCAACGUCAUCGAGGCCAUCAAUGAGCUGCUGACUGAGCUGGAGGGAACAACUGACAACAUUGCCAUGCAGGCUCUAGAGCACAUCCACUCUAAUGAGGUCAUCAUGACGAUUGGUCGCUCACGCACCGUGGAGGCCUUCCUCAAAGACGCCGCGCGCAAACGCAAGUUUCACGUCAUUGUGGCGGAGUGCGCCCCCUUCUGCCAGGGACAUGAAAUGGCCACCAGUCUCUCAGAAGCUGGCAUCGAAACAACCGUGAUUGCAGAUGCUGCCAUAUUUGCAGUCAUGUCUCGUGUUAAUAAGGUCAUCAUUGGCACGCAGACAGUUCUAGCGAAUGGAGGGCUCAGGGCCGUCAAUGGGACACACACUCUGGCCCUUGCGGCCAAGCACCACUCGACGCCCCUGAUCGUUUGUGCUCCAAUGUUCAAGCUCUCGCCUCAGUUCCCAAACGAAGAGGAUACCUUCCACAAGUUCGUCUCUCCACAUGAGGUGCUUCCUUUCACUGAAGGUGAGAUUCUCUCAAAGGUGAACGUGCACUGUCCGGUGUUUGACUAUGUCCCACCUGAGCUCAUCACGCUCUUCAUCUCUAACAUUGGAGGACACGCGCCGUCAUACAUCUACCGACUGAUGAGCGAGCUUUACCACCCGGAAGACCACGAACUCUAACAUGUGUAAUUAACAAAUAAAUUAAAUGAAACGAUAAA